GGUGUCGGUGUCGCGCAGUGCCGCAAGUCGCGAGAUCUUUGCUUUUGCUUUGCUUGGGUUAUGUUCCCACCGGAGGGUGAGAGCCAAAAUUAGGGUCGAAUUUGAGCCAACAAGAAAUAAAAUAUUGAAAGAAACUGUUGUAUGUCUCUGUACUCUUUGUUCAAGCUGUUGAUUCCUUAGUUUUCUUUGGAUCACCGUGGCCGUAUCCUCUUUCUCUAUGUAAAGCGACGAGCUACUAUUACCGCAUAUUUUUUUGUGGUUAUUCUAGAACUGCUUCAAUAUGAGCUACUCAUAUUUUCUGUCACACUUCUCCAGGUUGUUUAUCAAUGGAAACAGCUCAAGUACUAUUAGACAUAUAUCCACAAAUACGAAUCCCCUGUUCUUCCAAACUACGAAUAUACUUCGAGCGGAGCCAUUGAAGAAAAAAAAACGUUUAGAUCCAGCUAUCAUAAAACAGCGAGAAGAAAAGAGGAGAAAAAAAUUGGAGAAACAAAUACGAAAGCUUGAAAAAGUUGCCCUACAGUUGAAACCAAUAGAUGAAUGCGAGGUUCCGCUUAAACUCAUUGAUGGAAAAGAGGAACGAAUCCGAAAGCAGUUGAUCUUGAAUGAUGAGGUAAUCGAGGAGAGAGAACUGCUGAAGAAGACUUGGUGUGCUUAUAAGUAUCACCAGCAACUUUCUCUUGUUCAAAUGAUAGAUAGCGUUUUGUCAUCGCAACAAAAAGCACUCGACGAGCUCAGGAUGGAAUCUGAAGAACUUUACAUGGAAGCUAUACAACCGGAUAUCGACCUACUUCCAUACAUCGCUAAAGGGCCGGUGUCCACACCUCCAAUAAAGAAUUAUCCAAGCCCAGAUGGCGAGUAUGAAAACAUCUCCAAAACUUGGGAUUGAUCUACUCAAAGACACCCAUUUCAUCUCAAGUGUCUUGUGCUGACAAAAAAUACGUGCAUUACCUGUAGUGUUAAAUAAAUGAUUUGGAAAUAA